UCUAACCCUCCCUCACAACGCUAAUCAUAUAAUUGUUCAUUGAUGACAUUGGUCGUGUCUGUCCUUCAGCAGGUUUCACUUCUAAAACAUCUGUUUCUUGUACAGGAACCAUUUGGGUCAGAAAGCUUAAAGCUUAAUUGAGCUUCAGUCUUGACUCCUGAAGAUAAGAGUAGUGGUUUGUCGGCUAUGGAGCAGGAAAGCUCGAGACACGCUUACUUUAUGAAGCAAGCUUUAUUGAUGGGAGAAAGAGCUCUUGAGACAGGUGAAACCCCGGUGGGAUGCGUCUUAGUCUAUGACAAUAAAAUAGUCGGUUCUGGAAUGAAUGACACGAAUAGGUCAAUGAAUGGUACAAGGCAUGCCGAGUUCAUUGCUAUCGAGGAGAUGCUCCGAAGUUACCCCAAGUCACUACUUCGUUUAACAGACCUCUAUGUCACGGUCGAGCCAUGUGUUAUGUGUGCGUCAGCUUUGAGGCAGUAUCACAUACAGGCUGUUUAUUUCGGCUGUGGCAACGAACGUUUUGGAGGCACAGGAAGCAUCCUAUCACUACACUCCGAUUUCUCAAUAGACCCACCUUAUCCAGUGUACAGUGGAUUGUUUAGUCAAGAGGCUGUAAUGUUACUUCGGCGCUUCUAUGUACAAGAAAAUGAGAAAGCACCGAAACCUCGCCCCAAGAAAAACAGAGAGCUCAAAACAGGAUUUGGCGAUGACAUUGAAAGCCGCAGCCAUACGACCUAAGAAGCAAAACUAUCCGCAAGGGCAACCUAAGUCAUCAGAAGAGAAAUGCCAGUGCUACUUCGAGAUAAACUAUUAGGCUUAGGAAUGUCAAAGCCAAAAGGGAAGAAAGUAGCCCCCAUAUUCUUCAUCUUUGCACAUUGCGCCUGA